UGGACUCCUAAUCGAAGGGUUGUGAGUUCGAGUCCCGGGCCGGCAGGAAUUGUGGGUGGGGGGAGUGCAUGUACAGUUCUCUCUCCACCUUCAAUACUACGACUUAGGUGCCCUUGAGCAAGGCAUUGAACCCCCAACUGCUCCCCGGGCGCCAUAAAUGGCUGCCCACUGCUCCGGGUGUGUCUUCACAGUGUGUGUGUGUGUGUACACUGCUCUGUGUGUGUGCACUUCGGAUGGGUUAAAUGCAGAGCACAAAUUCUGAGUAUGGGUCACCAUAGUUGGCUGAAUGUCACGUCACUUUCACUUUCACUUAUUUCGGUUAUUCCUCGGCUCUGUGUUCCUUCCGGCAGCAUAAACUGUAACAGAGAUAGUAUUUUAAAUUUUAAAUAUUUUUCGGUCAGUCAGUAAACAGCUUAUCCCAUAUAGUGUGACAUUGUCUUUUCCCCUGGGUAAUAACAGUGAAAAUGAGUGUGCCAUCCCUAACACAGCCCUGAAUUAUCUGGUGUAGGUGUGUUUAAUUUGGAGCUUAACUCUGCAGGACAGUUUUGAGCCCUGGUUUACAGCUUUGUGAUCAUUUGUCUCAAUUGUUUUUCUAAAUAAUGAUGAUCUAAACUUCUAUUUUCUUUGCUAAAUUUACAUGAAAUGUAGUUAUAUAUUAGCUUUAUCUUACACAAUGACUAUUUUUUCAAGAAUAAAGUUUGUAUGUGAUAUACAUACAUACAUAUAUAUAUAUAUAUAUAGCUUGAAAUUUAUUUCUGGUGUGUUGUCAUUAGAGUUUAAAGUUCUCCCUAUAUUUGUGGAUGUGUCUUUUCUGUCAUCAUCUACAUUUGUGUUUGCAUUUUCUUUUACUUCUGUGCAAUGUGUCUGCCAUAUUUCAGAUUAAUGUAAGGAAUGUCAGUCUUUGUGAGACAUGUUUAUCAGCUGAUGUGAGAAUGAUGGGAGGGACUUUGUCGUCUCAGGUGUUUGGUUACACAAGUAAGUGAAACAAAUCCAGGAAUUAUCUCCCUCCUGACCUCCAUUUGUACAAACUCUCAUGUGGAUGCAAUUUAUUAAGACAAUCUUGAGAAUAUCUUGAGAACAUCAAUGUUGAAUCGAUGCCACGGAAGAUUCAAGAAAUGUUUACCUGAAGCCUGGGAUGAGUGUGACUCACUCACACUCAUCCCAGAGUGUGAGUGUGACUAAAUUUGAAAGGGAUAGAGAUAUAUUUUUUAAAUCAGCAUAUUGUUUUUAAUAAUAUAUAUCUCCCCCCUUUCAUAUUAAUCAUAUUUAUAUGUAUUUUAUUAACUAGAUAUACGUUCUGUACUCGUCUGUACUUGUCUUGACCCAGUUUAACUGGUUUUCUGUCAUUAGAAAGAAUAAAUGUGUUUCAUUCGACCUGGAAGGUAAGUUUAAGUCGUUUUUAAACUAAAAAUUGUGCAUGCUGACACACUAUUCUGUUUUAUUGCUUUCUUUUUUUUCUUUUAUUAUUACUAUUAGUAUUAUUAGUAUUGUUUUAAUUUUCUUUUUAGCAUCUGUAUCUUUUCAGACAUGAAGUUUGUUUGUUUGACUCUCCUGCUUGUGAGUGGAAUUACAGACUCAAGAUCAGAGAAGUAUCAGCUAGUGGGAUCUGCAGAUCCUGUGUUUGCUGUAGCUGGUGAAGAUGUGAUUCUGCCCUGUUCAGUCAAACCCAGCAUCAGUGUAGUGGACAUGAGAGUGGAGUGGUUUAGAUCUGAUCAGAAAGACUCACAACUAGUUCAUCUUUAUGAGGAUCAUGAAGACAGAAACACAGAUCAGAUUCAGUCCUACAGAGGGAGAACAAAACUGAAUCAUCAAGAACUACAGAGAGGAGAUGCAUCACUCAAACUCUCAUCAGUCCAAGUCUCUGAUGAAGGACUUUAUAAGUGUUUUAUUGAGUCCAAAUCCUGGUAUGAUGACACCACAGUUAAUGUCAGAGUUGAGGCUGUAGGACGUCCUCCAGUGAUCACUGUAGAUGGGUUUGAUAAUUCAGGAGGGCUUCAUCUUCAGUGUGAAUCUGAAGGCUGGUAUCCUGAACCUGAUCUUGAGUGGCUGGACAGUGAAGGAGUCAGUUUAAAUUCAGAAAAUACAGAGACACACGGAAACACAGACAGAUUCAGUGUGAAACACACCACUACUGUACAUCACAGCGACAAGAUUCACUGCAGAGUCAAACUGAGACAUCACAUGCUGGAGACACUGAUUAUCAGCUCAAGUAAUAUGUUUAUUUCUUGGAGGACACCAGUCAUCAUGAUUUCAGUUUUUGUUGUGCUCAGUGUGAUUGCUGGAAUAUUGAUAUCUGUGUUUGUUCAUUAAACAAAGUGAGCCGUUUAAGAACAUACAUGGUGAAUGUAAUUUUGGAUGCUGAUACGGCUCACCGACGUCUCAUUGUGUAUUGUGAUGGGAAACAAGUGAAACUUGUAAAAGCACACAGAAAAGAAUCGGAUAGAAAUGAAGCACAAAAAGAGAGAUUUAAUGAUUAUCUUGGUGUUCUUGGGAAGGAUGGAUUCUCCUCGG